AUGCGUCUGUACAACUCCCUUUCCUCGGCGUUGGCUUGCAGCCUCGCCAUCCUUGAUUCGGUCCAAGCUGUUCCGACCGCAGCAAAUGUUUGUACCGUGAAGGCCAGAGGUAACAAAAAAGACGACACGCCGAAUAUCUUGCAAGCAUUCGAGAAAUGUAGUGGUGGCGGUACUGUUGUCUUCCCAGAAGGUCAAUCAUAUUGGAUCGCGACCCGAUUAAACCCAGUCAUUCAUGAUGUGACAGUCGAAUGGCGAGGGAAGUGGACAUUCUCCGAUGACCUCUCCUACUGGCGAAACAAUUCCUACCCCAUCGCCUUUCAAAACCACCAUGCUGGAUUCAUCAUCACUGGCAGCAACAUCACGAUUAAUGGAUAUGGUACUGGUGGCAUUGACGGCAACGGUAACGUGUGGUAUGAUGCCGAAGAGAGUGAUACUCAACCAGGCCGUCCAAUGCCGUUUGUAUUCUGGAAUGUGUCGGAUGUCGCCGUGGAUGACUUCUAUAUAAAGGAUCCGCAGCUGUGGAGCUUAAAUAUCAUGAGUGGAAAAAACAUGCGAUUCAACAAUAUCAACGUCAAUGCCACUGCUGUGAACGCACCAUAUGGGGAGAACUGGGUACAGAAUACCGAUGGAUUUGAUACCAUGGACGUUGAAAAUAUCCAGCUCUCGAACCUGGUUUAUCAAGGUGGCGACGACUGCGUUGCAAUUAAGCCACGUUCAUACAACGUUGAUAUUCGCAAUGUCACUUGCCAUGGAGGUAACGGCAUCGCGAUCGGCAGUCUCGGUCAAUACCUCGAAGACUCAAGUGUCGCAAAUAUCCUGGUCGACAAUGUGACCGUCAUCCGUCGAAACAAUGACAUGGAGAACGGCGCCUAUAUCAAGACCUGGAUGGGAGGACUGGUGCCCCAGAGCUCAUAUGAAAGUGCAGGACUCCCACGAGGUGGAGGUUGGGGAACUAUCCGCAACGUCCUCUUUUCAAACUUCUAUCUCGACGGCCCUAGCUCUGGCAUUGCCAUAACUCAGGAUAGUGGUGAUAAUGGCUCGUAUGUUGGAACGAGUAAGAUGGCGAUUUCUAAUGUUGCGUUUGUGAACUUCACAGGAUAUGUCGAUACAACCUCGACCAAGGUAGCGUCUGUGUCUUGCUCGAAUGUGCAUCCGUGCUAUAACAUUGACUUUGAUAAUGUUGUGCUGUAUCCUGAGAACUCGACUACUGUUGGCGUCGGAUCUUGUGCAUACACUGCCAGUGGGGGUGUACACGGCCUUGAUGGAUGUUCAAGUUAG